CGAGGAGUUUCUCUCUGGAGCCCUAUCCCAGGGUUAACCUGAACUGACUGAUGGCCAAGCCCACCCUAGUGCAGUGAGGCAGCACGACCACCCAACACUAAAAAGCCUGAUAGUCUCUAUUCAGCUGUUUCUCACUGUAAAGUUGUACAGCGACCUGUAAAUCAGCCUGGAUGAAGAAAUCAGUGUGGGGCCCACUAGCUGUUAGACAACUUGUAAACACUCCAGCGUGGACACAGGGUCAAAUUCCACCUCUGCUGAGCAUUAUGCUGCUGGAUCUAUCACUACAGCUCCGUCAGUGACCAAAGGAGAAAGGGAGCCACAACUGAAACAGAAAACAUUUACCUCCUUCUAUACAUGUUCAUGAUGACACCGCCCAAAUGUAUAGCACCACACUCCAUCCCACCCCACACACUGACCCGGCUGGCACGAGAGUGGCUGGCAGAGGACGCACCAAAUUUUGACCCGGCGGGUGUUUGCGUGGGGUCACAAGAGGUCGAGGCGAGGCUGCUGUGUAAAACCCCCCACAGCGUGCUGGCAGGAAGCCCCUUCUUCACAGCCGUGUUGGCUGAGGUGGGCUGCACCGUGGACUGGAUAUACCAGGAGGGGGCUGAGAUAGGUCCAGAUGGCGUCACACUGACAGCUGUGGUGAGAGGCCCAGCAAGGUGUCUCCUCAUUGGGGAACGAGUGGCACUCAACUGCCUGGCCCGGGCCUCGGGGAUCGCCACCCGGUGCUCUCAGCUCCAGAGAAUGGCUGCUGCAGCGGGUUGGCAUGGAGAAGUGGCAGGCACACGCAAGACCACCCCAGGCUUCCGUCUGGUGGAGAAGUACGCCAUGCUGGUUGGCGGGGUGUCCAUGCACAGGCAGGACCUGAGUGGGAUGGUGAUGCUGAAGGACAACCAUAUUUGGGCAUCAGGAAGUAUCACACAGGCUGUGAAAGCUGCCCGCUCAGUGUGCGGCUUCAGCAGCAAGAUUGAGGUGGAGUGCAGCUCCAGGGAGGAGGGCAGUGAGGCGGCCAGAGCCGGGGCAGAUAUUGUUAUGCUGGACAACUUUCAACCUCAGGAUCUCCACACUGCAGCUCGUAUGCUGAAGGCAGAGUUCCCAACUCUACUGAUAGAAGCCAGCGGAGGAGUGACAAUUGAGAGCUUACCUAAGUAUUUCUCCUCCGACGUGGACAUCAUCUCCAUGGGCUGCAUCACACAGGGCUGCCCGGUUGUGGACUUCUCUCUUAAGGUUCAAAAGCCUCUCAGAGCUGCAGGAAUGAUGACCCCCUCCCCUAAAAAUGUAUAGAUAGAUAACACUGACUGCGGGAGAGACUGAGGAAUGAUCCCUGAACAGCUGCUGUACCACUAGAUGUGGCAAUUUCCAGAGAUUUAUGAAAGAAUUAGACUCCCUUCACUGUGGAGGAUAGUCAUCAGAAGUGUCAUACAUAAAAAAAAAAAAAAAAAUUAAAAAAAAAUCAUUAAAAAAAAACUCAAAAGAGAAGUGGAACUUGACUGCACUUUCAGUUUUUGUCUGUUUAAAAUUAUGCAGUUAAGUGUCAAAAGAGGGGACACAGAGUCGUAGAUGGAAAAAGUACACACCGUCAUAUUUGUGAACUAAUGGUGCUUUAACCACAGAUUUCCUGAAGCUGCUGACCACACCUGCACAAUGCUUAGGUGUUACAGACAGAUCAUCAGUAUUCAGGAUGUCUUGUAUGUACUGUGAUCUGAACUGAUGUUUUAUUUUAGGUCAUGCCCCAGCAUUUCAGUAGGCUAAAGGUCUGGCUGUUCAAAAUGCAAAUUCUCAUCGUUUUAAGGCAGUCCACUGUAGAUUUACUUCUGUGCUAAAGCUCACACAGCAUGACAAUGCUGUGUGCCCCAGCCUCUGUUAGGUUUCAAAAUCAGUUACGAUGACAAUGUCCUGAUGAAUUUCCUCAUACCGUUUUGAUCUCUCAGUGACUGCAAGCUGUCAGACUUUCAGGCAGCAAAGCAGCCCAGACCAUGAUUUCCUGCACCGCGCCUCACAGUUUUGUUGAUGAGGCUGUGGUGUUGGUGUGCAGUGUUUUUGCCCUCCAACAUACAUGUUUUUGGUCUCAUUAGUCCACAGAAUACUGCUCCAAUAGCACUGUGGUCUUUAUCAAAUGUGAGACAGGCAGCCAUUCUUUGUAUUCCUUGUUUUCCACACUUGUUCAAUGCUUUUCUUCUUAUGAACUCAUGGAAACAGAUAUUCACAGAUGCAAAUCCCUAGUUACUAGUUGAAGACAGAAAUCUUUAUAGAAUACCCACAUGUAAGGAGAACAGCAACGGUGCUAAAUUUCUUCCAGUUGUUCCAUUUACCUGCCUGACCUUUGACUGACUGAGGCCCAUAUUUUAAGAGAUGCUUUUGUCACGUAUCUUUUUUCUGAGGUCCUCUGAAAUCUCUUUUAAUUGGGGCAUUCAAUAGAUUUAUGUCCAUCCAACUCUUGAUGAUUUUUGUGAUAAUGCAAUACACCUUUAACCUAUAACCCUUACACUCACACUGACCCUAAUCGCCCUCAAAAGCGUGACAUAAUUUUUCACCCCAAUAAGGGAUUUCAGAUUCCUACCCACACUCAGUGUAAAGUGAAAAUGAACAGGGUUAUAAAAUGAUUGUCUUUAGGUCCUGAACUGCUCAUGAAAAGUUUGGCCUAGUAUACAUGUCUUUGUGU